AUGGCGUACCGAAUGUCCACAGCGCCAAACAGUAGGGCAUCGGGCGUCAGAAUCGUCGAAGUGCAUGAUUCUCCAGUUCGGGAGCCGCUCAGAGUUAUUGAUCGAAAUACUAGCGAGACAGCACAGCUUCUUGUCAGCGUUAGAAAGCUUUUAGAUCUGACGCCGGAAAAUUUUCAAAGGCUCGGCGCCGAUAAAUAUUUAGAUUAUUCGGAAACAUCCAUUCGUAAACUGUCUCGCAGGAUAAACGAGCUCACAGACGACGAAAUUGAUUUAUUGGAAAAUUUAAAGUGGAAAGUUCAGGAUGUAAGGCGUCGAUAUGAAGACAGAGAAGAGGAAAUUGCGCGACGAUCGCACAGUCAAAGUUUCGCAUUUAAUAGAGAGAUUGGACGGCACAAUAGCAUAACUGUUCUACAAGAUAGAUCCAAUGACGUUCGAAUCAGACACAGAAGGGACAGUUAUGAGUCAGACCGAACGUCGAUAUCCGACAGAAGAAAACAACAUGAGCGGCGCAUCGAGCAAUCAGACGAAUCGGACGAUGAAGUACCCGCAAGAAGGAGUCCGAUCAGGCAGAAGCGUGUGCCUUUGGUGCGCGGAAAAAAUCAAUCGACGCUGAAAAAGAUGAAGCGCUACAAGCCGGGAAUGAAGGCUUUAAAAGAAAUUCGACAGUAUCAAAGAUCGACGGAUUUAUUGAUCAGUAAGGCGCCAUUCCGACGUGUCAUCCUUGAGAUCAUGAACGAGCUGUUUCCGAACGUCGGCUACCGAAUCCAAGCCGAAGCGCUCGCGGCUCUUCAAGAAGCCGCUGAAGCGUUCCUCGUCAACGUAUUCGAAUCGUCCCAACUUCUCUCAUCGCACGCCGGUCGUGUCACACUUCGUCCGAACGACAUUCAACUCUAUAGGCGUCUAUGCUUAUAA